AUGAUCGACAAGGAAGGCGGUAUCUCUGAGGUUAUCCAGGGUGACGUGACAAGUGAGGAGUCUUGCAAGGCUGCUGUAGAGAAGACAGUGGCACUGUGGGGGGAGCUACAUAUUCUGGUCAACAUCGUGGGAGUUGGAGGAGCUCUGGGCGAUGCCACCGUGAUCGAUCUCAAAGCCUGGGACCGAGACAUGCGCAUCAACUUGACAAGCAUGGUGUUAAUGAGCCGAUACGCCAUUCCCGAAAUGAGAAAGGCGGGCCGGGGAUCCAUUGUGAACAUGUCAUCCGUCAGCGGCUUGCUCGGCGGCAACCCCAGUCUUCUCUAUCCCACAACCAAGGGAGCCAUCAUCCAGAUGACGCGGGCAAUGGCAGCGCACCAUGGCCAGGAGAACAUCCGCGUCAACUGUGUGGCUCCUGGAAUGGUGUACACUCCCAUGACCAGAGGGCGCGGCAUGACGGAUGAAAUGAGACGAGCGAGAAUCAAUCAGAAUCUCAUGAAAAAGGAGGGCACUGCCUGGGACGUAGGAUAUGGCUUGAUCAUGCCUGUGGAUGGAGGCACUACUGCUGGCAGGGCCGACAGACCAGCCCUGAAAGCCGAUACCCUCGCAGAAGCUGUGACCAGCAAGCUUUAG